UGAAACGUAAACAUUUCCAAACAAUUUUAAGUAAUCAUGGACUACGAGAACGAAAAAGUAUUAAAAUUAGUGUUUCCCGAUAACUAUGAUGAACUGCUCAACAAUGAGUCCACCUCGGAGGUCAUCGACUACAUGUUCAAGCUCGGUUCGUACAAGGUGGACCAGCUAAAGAAGGAAAAAACCCGGCUGCAGGACGAGAGCAAGCAAAACAUCGAACAGACCCAGGAGCUGGCGGUCAACAACUACCAGACCUUCAUCCGGACGGCGGAAUGUUCGCGGGAAAUUUUCAAAAAGUUUUCCGAAGCCGAAGAACGGGUCGAGGGGUUGAACCGGAAGCUGCCGGAGUUUAGCGCCACUUGCCAACGGUUUUUGGACUCUUCCGGGAGUAUUAACAGCGCGAGGAGGUUGAACUCGCUGACGCUGACUAGGAACGCGGAGCUGUUGGAGAUCUUGGAGUUGCCCCAGCUGAUGGAGACUUGCAUUCGGGAGGGAAAGUACGAGGAAGCGUUGGAGUUGGCCGCGUACGUGCAGCGGGUUGGCAGUAAGCAUGGGAAUAUUCCGGUUAUUGCGAGCAUCCAAUCCGCCGUCGAGGCAGCCUGGCACACGAUGCUUGUCCAACUGCUAUCCCAGCUGAGAACGGACCUUCAGCUGCCCAAAUGCCUCCAGGUGGUAGGCUAUUUGAGAAGAAUGCAAGCAUUCACGACUCCGGAGCUGAAGCUUAAGUUCCUCCAGAUCAGAACCAGCUGGUUCCGAGAACUGCUGGCUAAGAUCCCCCAAGAUGAUACCCACAUCCAUCUGACGAAGACGAUCGAGGCGACUCGCGUCCAUCUGUUCAACAUCAUCACCCAGUACAAGGCGAUCUUCUCGGAGGACGAGGACUCCACGUCCAACCUUACGACCAUCACGAGUGACGCAAGCGCCGCCGAUGGUGCGAAAAUCUUUCACAGUUGGCUGCACGAUCAGAUCGUCGAGUUCAUCAACACGCUGGAGAAGGACCUGUCCUCGAACGACAUCAACUCGUACGACACCAUCCUUGGUCAGUGCAUGUACUUUGGCUUGUCGUUCAGCCGAGUUGGGGUCGAUUUCCGAUCACUGAUCGCGCCCGUCUUCAUUCGCGUAAUUUCACUAAACUUCCAAACGUCGAUCGUGAAGAUCACCUGCCAGUUCGAGCAAGAGAUCGAGCGUUACACGCUCAUCAACAAGGUUUCAACCGGAAUCAAACGCGCCAAAGCAAGUGAUCGCGCCGAAAACAGCAACCAUCCACCGGAGAGCCUUCUAGACUUUACCCCUCUAGCGAUCUACUGCAACGAAGUCCUGACCGUCUUCAACGAGUUGCGUCUGUGCGCUCCCAUCGCCCUAGCCCCGACGGUCACCGAAAUCCUGGAAGCCUCCCUCGAAACCGUCUGCCGCAACAUCCUGUCCUUCUAUCGCCAGGAACAGCAAGCCUUCACCGCGUCCGAACGCGAGUGCUUCGUACGGUUCUGCUCCUGCUUCGCGUACGACCUCAUCCCGUACCUCCAGCGAUGCAUCCACUUCAUUUUCCCCCCGACCACGAUCGCCAACCACCUCGGCAUCAACGUGCUGACCCUGCAAAAGCACGGCAUCACCUUCCUCCGGCAGAAGAAGAUCCUGGAGGCGAUCGAGUACCUCCUGCCGGACAAGAUCGAGUCCGUCAUCAAGCAGGUGGGGGAAAUGAACGUUGCGGCAGGGUCGACCACGGCAGCAGCAGCUGAUGGCACUGAUAAUGCGGCGGAGGCCGAUAAGACCGAACAGGUGGCAGGUGUUGUCAAGCAGGAGAUUACCGUUGGCGGGGAGCAGUAGGAAGACAUGGUUCAGUUGUGGCUGAUAAUAGAAAAGCGGCCGCGGGGUCAGUGCGAUAUGGAAAUGCGACGAGUGUCGUAUGAUCGAAGAUAUGGAUUAAGAUGGUCUUAGGUUUUUAAGCUGUUGAACAGAUAGAGCUAGAGAUAUGGAAAUAAAUCUUAUCAGUCUAA